GACGUAGCUCCGCCUGUCACGGUCCGCGUGUCGCCGACAGUGAGCUCAGUCUUCAAGAGGACCCUCACGACUAGCCCAGCUCUGCUCCAACGAUAACCAGUUAACUGCGCUGACCGGUCGUUGGGUUAAUCGGACAAUUCGAGUAUCCUCUGGAGCUAACGGCUGCUGACGGUGAGUUUAUAAAGUUGAGUGGCAGUAAAGCAGCCCUAUGAUGGAAGAGCUUCACGACGUCCAGCUGACUGAGAUCAAACCACUCCUGACAGGACAGAAUGGGAGAAAUCUCCAGGACUUUGAUUGCCAGGAGCACGAUGUGGAGACAGCCCACGGUGUCCUACACGUUACUAUGAGGGGAGUUGCUAAAGGCAACCGACCCACAAUCCUCACCUACCAUGACAUUGGACUUAACCAUAAGUCUUGUUUCAACAGCCUGUUUAACUAUGAGGACAUGCAGGAGGUGACACAGCAUUUUUCAGUUGUGCAUGUUGAUGCUCCAGGACAGCAGGAGAACGCUCCCAUAUUCCCCACUGGGUACCAGUACCCCACCAUGGAUGAGCUGGCUGAGAUGCUGCCUUCUGUCUUGACACAGCUACAGGUGAAGAGUGUGAUUGGUAUCGGGGUUGGAGCUGGAGCCUACAUCCUCACCAAACUGGCUCUGAAUGAGCCCAGUCUGGUGGAGGGUUUAGUUCUGAUCAACGUUGACCCCUGUGCCAAAGGCUGGAUGGACUGGGCUGCCUCUAAGCUGAGUGGCUGGACAAGCAACCUGGUUGACAUCAUCAUGGGACACCACUUCAGCACUGAUGAGUUAACAGAUAAUCAGGAGAUCGUCCAGACCUACAGACUGCACAUAUCUCAGGAUAUACCACAGGAUAACCUUGCUAUGUUCUACAACAGCUAUGACAGUCGUACUGAGCUGCAGAUGGAGCGGCCAGUCUUUGGUGUGAAUGAAAACACAGUCACCACACUCAGCUGUCCUGCUCUGCUGGUGGUUGGAGACACAUCACCAGCUGUUGACGUCGUGGUGGAGUGUAACGCCAGACUUAACCCCACCAAGACCACCCUGCUCAAGAUGGCAGACUGUGGAGGACUUCCACAGGUGGUGCAGCCUGGGAAACUAGCAGAGGCCUUCAAGUAUUUUGUCCAGGGGAUGGGCUAUAUCCCUCAUGUUGUAUUAAACAACCUGAGCAGCCAAUCAGUGCCCACAGCUGGUAUGACCCGGCUUGUUCGCGCCAGGACUCACUCAGCCUCCAGUGUUGGCUCCACAGAUGGCGUCCGGAGCCGUAGUACCACCAACACGCUGGCGGAGGGCGAUAUCUCCACCAGCCCUGAACAUAAAGCACCACACACCAUUGAAAUGACGGCAUAAGACUGUCCCUGCUCUGCUUUCUCCAUCUUUACUCCUUGAUUCUACUUCUUUUCCUCCUCAAAUGCUGUGGUAACUCUCUCCAGGACACAGCCUCACAGUCCUGCUGUGUUAGUUGUAAACGUCCUUCCCAGCUGAAAAAGGUCACAUCUAACAUUUAAAGUAGAGAUGACUGUUGUCAGAAAUCCCUCGCCAAAUAUCUUCCCAGUUAGGGAGUUUAGAUUUGACCUGUGUUAUUAGCAGCAGCUAUGUUAGCUCUACUCUGCUCUUUAGGAGGCUGAUGUUGGUUUGUGUUUUCACUCCCAUCUCUCCGGAGCCAUAUGGUUGCUGUAGUGAUGCUGUAGAUGUAAUUGUACAUGGAGUUCAGCCGCUUCAUAUUUAUAUCCAGUUGUGUUGUAUUUCUACAGUAGGUGGUUCUUAAGGUGGUUUUCUCAGGUCAGACCAGAUCCUCACAUUACUCUUUUCUUCCUUUAGUUUGGUCCUGACUCCUUCUCUUUAUUAUUACUAUGAUUAUAAUCAUCAUUAUUUUGUUUCGGUUGUUGUUCAUGGUGAUGCUGUGGGUUGAUAUAGAGCCUGUUUUGGAAAUGAUGAACCUGUAAAGUUACUGUAACUUUGAGGGAAUAUUUCACCAAAUAUGUAGAGGUAUUUGACCCAAAGAGAGUUUUUAUAUCAAUUACUCGCCCCUACCACCCUGGAGUGUCUGACUAAAGAUCUGCUCUGUACGAGUAACCAGGGUACACGAGUUCUAACAGCAGCGAAACAAUAUCAAAUAUUAAAUUACACAUUCAGAACAAUCUGACUCUAAUCCACUUCUGUGUUUUCCUUUUUGUCAAUUAUUAUUUAGUAACAUUGGAUACUGAGACAUUAUUGUUGAAUUUACUUUAUCUCAGCAGGAUAAUCCACUCAGUGUCAAACCAGCUUUCUGGGAAGUCCUUAAUACACAUUUAAAACAAACAAUAAAACAAGACAAAACACAUCAAACCCCCAAUAGAACAGCUAUCCCAGGAUAUGAGUCUUUGUUUAUGCAGCAGAUGUUGUUAUGCUGAUGUUAAAACAGGACUGAAAAGUUAUUGUGAUUCUUGUAAAACAUGUUUGUCUGGUACUCCAGGCUGUGAAGGGCGAGUAUUUUUUUUAAGGUGAAUUACGUCUUUAUCCUCUGACCUCUUCCACUGAUGGAGACCUUGAAGUCAGCCCCGACCUUUUACCUUGUCUGUAUUACUGUACAUGAUUUUUUUUUUCUUUUGAUACUGAAGCUCCUGCUCGCUGUUUAUGAGGCCUGAUGGCAGCAUGCUCUUUGUGGAGUUUUGGCAUGCAAACUGUACCGUGGUCUAGUGAUGUUGUUCAGCUGUAAACCUUCCUCUCUCAACUCAGAGACAAGAGAAAAAAAACACCACAUAAAAAUGAUACAGAACUUAAAUUCUACUUUGUGUUACAGUUGUAGAUUUCGUUUCUCUGGACUGAAAGCUGCCAGCUGAGUUCAUGUUCUGGGCUGAGGUCCACUGAGCAAGGCACUGUCCCCUCAAACAUUUUUCAUCAUUGCUCUAAAAAUGAAGUAUCUCCAAAACAUAACUGUUUCACAACAGCAGCGUUUGCAGUUUUGUUUUUUUUUCAGACCAAUAAUUUAUCUGAAAAAUUUACUAAAUUCAGGGAUAAGUUGUUGUUUGUUGCUACGAAAGGUUUCCAUCAGUCGGAUUCCUAAGAGCCAGGCCCUAUUCGUCCAAUACACAACUUGCAUAGGGCCCAGCAAAUUACACAAGGGCCCGUCUGCGUCUAUGGUUUUCUGUACCUAGUUCUGGGAGACAUUCUGCAGACAGAAGCGUCAAUGACAGAUACCGUCAGCUGCGGGUUCUCCUCCAUGUCCUGUUGUCCAGAGCACACAACCAUUAAGUCUGAAAUAAAAGCAACAUUUACAGCAACAUCCCAAUACAGCAGCACAUCGUUGAUCCAUUUAACUAUGAAAAAUAGCGUAAUUACGUAAAGCUAACUGAACUGUUGAUUAUUGAUUAUCACACAGACACUUGACGAUCUGACCGUGCAGCGCAUGUUUGGCUUCAGUUUAUUUGAUGAAUUGCACUUUAAACGUCGCUGUGUACUGAUGAAAGGAGUCAGAGUCGUUACGCUCGUCCUGCUCAUGUUGACGUGGUUUCUAUAGUUACUUAACUUUUUUUGGUCUGAUAGCGCUGCUCUCUGUUGUGAUGCUGCUCCCUGCUGGACGAACCGACAACAGCUUCCACAGCAGGAAAUAGGCCCUGGUGUUUGUUUGCAGCCUUCAUGUCGGCUCGUUAAGGUUUAGUGUCCUGAGUAAAAACCAGACCAGUCUGUACUAAUUGAUGAGGAGUUCCCUGGAUCAACAGGGUUCUAACAAAGUCACCUGUAGACAAGAGGCAAAUAUUUCGUUCUUUUAUUCAAUAUAUACUCACUGUAGUUCUACUGUCUGUUAUUAUUCUUAAUAUUUAUUAAAACUAUUACUUUGGAGGUUUGUACUGAAGCAUCAGUAGUUGUUCUGUUACACUGAGGUUUGUACCCAUUAGAUGUUGUUCCAUGACUUAUAAACAAGGUUUGUAAUGAAAUAAAGUUCAUUAUUCAAAAAGA